GGGCGAAGAAGAAAGAAGGAUGGGGGGCUCCGGCGCUGCGCCUUUGGCCUUUGGGGGGCUCCUGCUGGGGAUGCUGGUGGUCUCCGCUUCGGAGGGGCUGGGCGGGGAGGCGCCUCCAGAGCAUUUCCUGUUCCAGGUGAGGUCCGAGUGCCACUUCUCCAACGGGACGCAGCGGAUCCGCAUGCUAGAAAGGCACUUCUUCGACCGGCAGGAGCUCCUCUACUUCGACAGCGACCGAGGGAAGUUCGUGGCUGUGGCUGAACUGGGGGAGCCCGAAGUCAAGAGAGCGAACCAGGACAAGGACGUCCUGCGGAGCGAGAUGGCCGACGUGGAUCGCUUCUGCCGGGUCAGCUACGAGAUCGUCGAUCCCUUCUUCCAGGCCCGGCGCGUCCAGCCCAAGGUGAAAAUCACCCCCACAGACAACAUUGAAUCUUCACCACACAACACUCUGCUGAUUUGCACCGUGGGCAGCUUCUUCCCUGCGGGGAUCGAGAUCAAGUGGUUCAGGAACGGGAAGGAGGAGCCCAAAGUGUGGACCACGGACCUCAUCCGGAACGGGGACUGGACCUUCCAUAUUGAGGUGAUGCUGGAGACAAAGCCAGAACGUGGAGACGUCUACACCUGCCAGGUGGAGCACGCCAGCUUCGAAGGCCCCGUCACGGUGAAAUGGGAGCCACAGUCGGACUCUGCCAGGAGCAAGAUGUGGACGGGGAUUGUGGGGAUUGUGCUGGGGCUGGUCUUUGGGGCCACUGGACUCGCCCUUUACCUGAAGAACAAGAAAGGGCAAGCUGUUCCUCAGCCUGCAGGACUCAUCAGUUAGACUUUGCUGCUCCAUCAGGAUCUGGGGAUGUGGAGAAGCUCUGUUCUUCCUGCCAGUUGCCCUCUGUCCAUGCUCAGAGGGUGGAAACCUCCUUGGAAGGUGGAUGGAAGGAGUCACAGAACAAGAACGACAGUGUCCACCCCUCCCCCACCUCUGUUGCUUGCUUGUCAUUUGCGGAAAGUUUCUUUUUGUCUUUCUCUUUCCCCUUGUUGAUUACAAGUUAUCGCAGCCUGAUUACUUCUUUUUGCACCUCUCUGCUAGAGAAUUUGUGCCUUGAAUCUCCCUGGAGGAGCCUGAGCUGUCCCUGAAAACAACCAUGAAUCUGGUCAGAGUGUCAGGACUGGUCCUUCAAGCCCUGAUGGGGAGCCUCACAACUGAAUUGGGGAGGGGUCACAUGUGGCCUCCCAAACCUCUACAUGUGGCCCCUGGGACUCUCCACAGCCUUGUGUUGCCCCUUCCUUCAGACUCUUGUUUCUUGCUUGCCUUGACGGAGGAUGGAGAGGAGGGGGGGUGAGCUGGUGCAGAGACUGGUCUCCUGUGAAAACUUCACACUUGCCUUUGAUGCUCUGCUCCUGCCCACCAAUGGUGUGUGGCCCCCCAGAAAGUUCCCCAGAAGAGAACGUGGCCCUUGGGCUGGAGAAGGUUCCCCACACCCAAUUCCUUUGCUGCUCUUCUUGCUGUGGACUAAGAUGGCUCCCCCCUCCCAGCUGCCCCUUGGGUGACCUGGGAACACAGGGUCACUGGAAACUGCCUUAGACCGAGUCCAUCUGGUUCAACAGCAUUUCUGGUCCCAUAUGCCCACACUGACUGGCAGUGGCUCAACUGAUGUUUCAGAGGGCGAGUCUUUCUAGCCCUUCUUGAACGUGCCGGGGACUGAACCUUCUACACUCCAAGCCCUUCCGUGUACGAUACUUAAAAUGCAGUCAGACUAGCAAUGCAUGCUUUCCUGGAAAGGCACGUGAUAGGAUCUGGAGCUCACAGAAUUUCCCUGUAAGUUUUCCUCCUCAUAAACAUUGACUCACUUUCAGCAAGCCCCUUCUCGGAAGGACCUGCUUCCAAAAUAGAAGUCAAAGACCCGUCCCCCCUUGUUGCAAAUUAGUCCCAACAACUUUCUCGUGAUCCAAGUGGGCAUUACCCAACUAUUGAUACACCCCACCCCAAUCUUUGAGUGGUGUGAGGUUCCAGGGGUCCAGGAAAUGAGGAGCAGCGAAAACUCUGGUGUCCUUAGGUUAUAUGGUUUAUUGAUACAUAUAUAUGAUGGGCUCACAGCAUCAAAACCCCAAGAGGUCCCUAGCCAAAGCAGCUUUGGAUUCAAACAGACACCAGCCAUGUUCCGAGACUCUCCUUCCAGCUUGCUGCUGACAGACUGAAACCUCCCCCCCCAAAUCAGGCCACAGCAACUGAAAUCCCCAAAACUCUUGUCCCUGCUCACUAAUUUGGACCUCAGGGUGGGGCUCCUCCCACUUUCUCCAUGGCUCAUUCUUAGCAGCCAUUAUCAGUAUUCCAGCUUUUGAAUCCCUGCCAGAUCUGGAGAUUCGGAGACCUUGAUUCAACCCAUUACUGGUUCCAGGAAUUUAGGGGUGCCGGCCCCCCAAUAUAGCAAUAAAUUAAAUGUGCACACCCCUAUUAUUCCUCCUCAAUCUCUCUUCCCCCCCUCCCUCUCAACAUGAGUCCAUUUCCAGGGACAGCCCAUUUCCUCCUUUUCCCUGAUGCUUUUGUCUCCACUGAGCUGGUGGUUUCUUAAUUGCUCUGUAAAGAUUCAGCUAUUUUGUGGUGAUAACGAUGUUAAGCCUUGGGAUGACUUGCUCUGAGCUGCACCAAUAAAGAUUGUCCUCAACCUCC